AUGAACAAAGUAGAGGCAGUAAUAAGAAUCCGGCCGCUCUCAGCAGACGAAAGAAGCCGAGGAAUCCCGCAGGGAUGGCACAAAAUAGGCGACAGAGGGCUAAUACAGCAUCUGAACAGCUCCCACCAGGAGGUUUCUGCGCAGACGCUUCUUUUUGACUGGGUGUUCAGCGAAGACGCGAAGAACGAGGACCUUUUCAGGCGCAUUGGGGGUGCGGUGGAGGAGUGCAUGGGCGGCGUAAAUGUGUGCAUAAUCGCAUACGGGCAAACUUCCUCUGGGAAAACCCACACGAUGAAAGGGACGUUUUCCGAGUACCGGGCAGGAGCGCAUGCCGCUGCCGGACUUGACGACCCUGGGAUUAUUCCUCGGUCCAUAGAGCGCAUAUUCAGCAAGAAAAUCCUGCAUAAAAUGGCGCUUUCAUAUAUAGAGGUAUACAACGAAAACAUAUACGACUUGCUGGGAGACCCUGGAGAGGCCUUGCAGAUACGAGAGUCUGGGGCUGGGGAUGUGUACAUAAAAGACGCGGUAGAAGCUGAAAUCCACAGCAAGGAGGAGGCGUACGAGCUAUUCCGGCGGGGAAACAGCGUGAGAAAAGUCUCGGCCACGCGCAUGAACAGGGAAAGCAGCAGAAGCCAUGCAGUUCUGCAAAUAAGCGUGCGAGCCCAGGGGGUGCGAAGCUCUCUCGUGUUUGUGGAUCUGGCAGGGUCGGAGAGAGUCGGGUCUGCACGCACGUCGGGGGCCACGCUGAAAGAGGGCGCUGCAAUAAACAAAAGUCUGCUCGCCCUCACGGGGGUAAUUUCCAAGCUCUCCAAGAAGCACCCGCACAUUCCCUUCCGAGACGCAAAGCUGACGCGGAUACUGCAGCCGGCUCUUUCUGGGCCGUCCAAAACUAUCAUGAUAUGCGCCAUUUCCCCGACGCCUUCGUGCAUAGAAGAGACUGUUUCCACGCUUGCACUCGCCAGCAGGGCCCGGAACAUAGAGAUAAAGCCUGUGCAGAAGCCUCAGAUCAGGAGCACUGCGAAGGCCCAGGAGAGAAAAGCCGCUGAGAUAGAGCAGGCCCUGAAAGCAGCGAAGAAAACCCUCUCUGAGAUAAAAGAGUGCCUUCUGGACGCGCAGUACGUCCUUGACGAAAUAUGCAGAGUUUCGGGCGAAAGUUCUGGGCCCUCGCAGGAGGCCGUUUUGGCUGGGCUUUUGGAGGAGCUCAGGACCUCCAAGACGGAGCACGUGGAGAGAGUGAGCGAGCUUGCAGAGACUGUGCAGUACCUGGUGAAGCAGGAGAAGAUCCUCUCGGAAAGCAUCCAGCCAUCUCCCAGCACGAAAGUUCUGCUGAACCACCUUGCAGAGGGAGACUUCAUCAUACAGCAGCAGAAGCAGGAAAUAGCAAACCUCAAAGAGAACAAGCACAUCAACGACGCAAAUAUUUCGAUGGCCUUGGAGAUGGACCGUCUGAAAAGGCUGCACCAGCGGGAGAAGAGGAUCAUGCAGCUGAAAAUAGACCAGCUGCGCUCCCAAAUGAAGUCCCGCGUGCCAGAUGACCCCGUAUAG